UGAAAUGAAUUUUGCAAAAUGUUUAAUUUGUUUUUUUGGAUUAUGCUAUUUUGGAAAAAUUGUACGGGCUGGAUAUGAUUUAAAAUUAAAAGGCUACGAAAUCGAGGGUAAGGAUUAUUUUGAUUUAUCAGGAAUGAAAAUGAUUAAAAUGGGGAAGAAACGGUUUGGAUUUAAUGGUACGAUAAUUGUACAUCAAGAUAUUACCGACGAUUUGCAUGUUUCAUGUGCAGCUUGUAAAAAAACUGGAAGUCAUUAUAUAGAAACCUUAAGCAUACAUAUUAAAGACAUGAUUUUUUGUAACAUGUACGAGGAAGACCAAUAUAUUUCCCAAGAUUACAAACGAAGUAUUCAAGCUCCAAUGAAAUGUCCUAUAAAGAAGGGAACCUACCAUAUAAUCAAUUAUGAACCGGAUCCAAAAAGCAUACCACCAACUAUUCCGGAAGGUGAAUGGAGGGUUGUGAAUGAAUUUACAAUUACUAAAGAUGAUAAUAAUCGUGAAAUAAUUGGUAAAACUAUCAUGUUUUUCCUUGUUGCAAGAGCCCACGAUUAAAAAACAUUUCUAUGACAAAAUUUUAAGCAUGUAAUUUUAAUAAUUCAUUUUUAAGUAGGUACAUUGUAAUUUACUAUUAAUGAAUUUAUUAUUUAUGUAACUGUAAUUCUGUAUUAUCACCGCAGAGCCUUGAAGAAGUCAGCAAAUUUGAUGAAACGUUGGCGAUAAAUAAAAAAGUUU